GACGAUGGCGAUGCAGAAAACCUUCCACACGUUUAGGAAACUUAUGCGGAUUUUGAAUUUUAAAUUUGCGUGGUGGUGUUAUCAGGUGGCAUGACCAAGAAUGGAGAACAGAAAAGGCUAAGAUACCAAGUGGGCAGUAAAGUCAGUUACCGCUUCACAUUCAAACGAAGCCCAUCAAAUCCAGUGGUACUCGAAUGGCCUUAGAAAACUGAACCUGUGAAGGAGUCCAUAGUGACGAAAACACCAAUCAAACCCCCAGGAGAGUAUAGUUGCAAUGAGAUGCACUCCUCCUAUGAUGACAUGAUGAGUUUCGUCUCAGGAGAAACUUCAUACCAGGAAACAGAAACCUAGGAAGACGGAUGGGAGAACAACAACAAAAAAAACAGAACCCAGGAUUUCCCAAAGACAUGGUGAAAUAUGAAGGUGUUGGUAAAUAGACAUUCCUUUUGAUCAGAUGCCAAACUAAUCAAAAUGUCAGCAUGACGGUGUGCAGUAUCAUUAUUACAUCAGUUAUUAGCUGGCAGCCAACAACGGGGAGUGAAGUGCUGCCAUAAACCGUGGUAUAGACUCUACCGUGCCUUCUGAACGGCUGUAAAUAUUAACAGCCGCAGUUCGUUCCAGAGAGGUGCGACUCUGCGAGACUCGUUGCCAGUUCCUCUGUAAUUUGACACACCUCCACCAUUUCUCUCGGUUGCCGUUUCUUAAGAAUAACUACUUGGAAAAUUAAAUUUUCCUUAAACACUUUUUGUUUAACACUUUGGCAAAACACAUUUGCGCAUGAAUCAAUUUACAGGUUAGGAUCUAACUUGUGUUUUCUAAUUGUUUACACAGUUAUAGCCUGAAAUUCAUUUUAUAGGCUUGAAGCGUUUUUAAAUGAACAGUUCCUGAUAUUUCUGGACAUAGCGUAUUUUUAAUUAUACUGCAAUGGGUGUCAUUUUUAUUGUGCUACAAUACUAUUUCUGAGGCAUGCUGCUAGUAUUCAUUUCCCUUAGAACAUUUUACAUCUUGCGCUUUAUGAAUUUUCAGAUUUUAUUUUCAGAAUUUGUUUACACGUCAACAUAACGGGGUACCAGAUUUGUGCUUAAGUCAUAAAUAUGUGAGGUUCAAAUGGUUCAAAGAUUACCGUAAUCCUUCUGAAAAUGGUCAUGAAAAAACUGAAGUUUGAAAGCCGGAAGCUUGCAGGGCAAUUGCUUCACACCACACCAAAAGAUUCGAAGCAAAACAUACGGAAAUAUUGAGACGUAUAAGCAAUCUAGAAUCUGUGAAUGCAUUCCCUCUCAAACCUCAGUCUUUCAUCUUAGGUAAACCAAAACCUUUCCAAAGUAGUAUUUAUCCACCUGGUACAAACCUAACACUGGGAGAGAUAAGCAAAUAUGUUUACCAAAUAACUUAAGCUGUUCUGUCGACAUCAGGAUUUAUCGUUUGGAGGAGGAUCUGUAAAUGUCAUCCUCCAAAUAAUCUUGUUUUUUUUUUUUGUUUUUUUUUUCCUUCUUGGAACCAGAAAAUAAAAAGGUUUUGGCUAAAUGAGCCGUCUUGUGCAAGCUUCUUCUGGGAACAGAAAUUAAAUGCCUGUGGGUUUGUGUUUAACCUCCAAUUUAGGGAUUAAUUUAGUCACUUUCAGUCCAAUAAAGUACACAUAAGUAUAAAAAAAAAUCUAUCACAGCCUUUUGAACAGCCUCAAAAUCCUCAAAAGACAGCAGGGAGAAGGAGAAUGAAGCAACAAAAACAAAACCCGUUGCUCAGGCAGCAUCAGCUCAUAUUCCGGGGACUUUCUGGAAGUUUAAUCAGCUCAAGAGAAAUGAAAUUACACGAUGAGCCGGGUCUCAUUAUUAGAGAGAAACCUACAGGAGAAUGACUAUAACAAGCAGGUGAAAAUCUUUACCUUUACUUGAUAAAGACCUAAUCUAGAAUAUAUAGUUGUAACCAGAUAUUUACUGACACUUUUUGAAAACUGCCUGACAUUAAAUGAGGCCAAACAUUACGCUUUUAAGUGGGAAUAAUUAACAUUUGCCAUAUUUCAAUUGCCGACAGCCAGCGUUCUGUUCUCGAGGAGACAAAGCGGUGAGUCUCCUGAAAGUCUAUUGUUGUGUUCCAGUGAAUUUCUUGCAGAAAACCCAAAGUAGGAAUGGUAGUGUGGCAAUAGUACUGAUAAUUUUCAAAUAUUGGAGAAUAUUUUUCCACUGUGAAUUAUGAUUGUUUUCCAGGUUUUAACAAACUACAAUAGAUUAAGUGUCUAAAAAGACAAAAAAAAAGAAAAAAAAAAAGAAGAAGAGAGCAUCAGACAGACAGAUUGCAAAGUGUGAAUCGGUGAGAGGAGGAGACCAGGAUGGACUGAAUAAGCCGUUUGUUUGUCCCUCUGUUGUCCUGCCUGGCCUUACUUGGUGCUCGGCGCCUGGCUUCCAGGGCAUCUUCCUUUCACAACCACCUCUGCCAUCGUCGCAUUGGCAUUUUUUCGCUGCUGUGGGAGCGACUCUAAAGCGUGUGUUUAGCUCGACUUCUGGAGCGCUCGCUGCAGGCCUGAUGAUGCAGGGACUGGGGAAGACGGAGAGAGGAGAGCAGGGACGCGACAUCGACCUGGCGUCAAUGAGAUCCACCAUGCCAGCCAGCGGCCCACUGCAGGGAGUUUCCACACCUAACUUGAACAUGAACCUGUAUGCUACCAAGAAGACAGUAGCCGAAGGCAUGCUGGACAUCGCUCUGUUCCUGGCUAACAUCACGCACAUGAAGACCGUCAUUGAACAAGGAGCAGGAUACAGGUACUAUGCUGCUGUCCUGACGCUCAUAUCCUUCUCCCUGGCUCUCCAGAUAGUUGCCGGCGUUUUGAUUAUCAUAAUAGGCCGUCGGGAUCUGAACAACUCUACUCUGCAAAGGCGUCUGGACUACUUGAACAACGUAACAACCAUCAUAGUCUUCGUCACAACAGUCCUCAACUGCUUCGUCAGCACGUUUGGCAUGCAGCGGACUGGAUACUUUCCGUGGCUAAUGAUGCGCAUUCAUUAAUACGCACAUCAGCUCUACAGCAGCUCAUGACGCAUUUUUUUGGCAAAUUGGUAGCUUUACUGUGUAACUUUGCAAUAACAAACUUCUAGGGGAGGUGGUUUGCGAGGGAGAGGCGCUAUGCAGCAGUGUUUAUUUAUCAAUUAGCCUGAUUAUUAAUUAUAGGCGUUUGUUCUCGUGUUGAGAGUGAAUAUUAGAGAAAUCCAGACAGGACAGCUCCAAACCUCUUCUCUACAGAUGACUGUACCAAAAAAGAAAAGGGAAAAAAAAUGCACAUAUACUAAUUCUGUUGCUGAUUAUUUCUUUCAUCCUCCUCUCUUCAUGCAGGUAAAGUUCAAUGAAGUAAUAUAGCUGAUCUCUUAAUUUCAGUUGCAUCAACAACUCCUUUUCUACAGCCUACGUUUUUGUUGUUGUAUUCUUGGUAAAUCCCAGCCAAUUUCAUUAGCCGAGUCUCUGACUGUAGCCACUCUGCAAUCACUAAGCAUUUUCUCUUUUCUUGCAGCUAAAUACUUGUAGAAACUCUACCCAAUAAAUAUAUAUCCAUCUGUAUCUAUAUAAAUUAUAUAUAUCUAUAAACAUUUUUAUAAGUAUGACAGUAUAAAUUGAUAAUAAAGAGAAAAUUAUUAGUUACAGGGCUGUCAUUUGAAGACUAUGUAAAUAAAGCUACAAUAAAUUGCAGGUAUUGGCUCAUCAGGUUAUUGCUUUCACUGACGUUAUUCUGUGUCAUGUGACUGAGCUUUAUUGUACAUUUCAAUAGUUUUAUACUAGAAUGCAAAUGAAUAAAUUCCUGUUUAUGCCAAAUAAAGCUUCAUUUCAG